AUGUUUUUACCCAAAUCCCUUUCCUUGCUCUUAGCUCUCUCGGCCACCUCGUUUGCCAGCCCGGACUGCAAAAUCUCACCUGCUCAUUCGUCAUGGCCUUCUUAUGAUGAGUGGGGCGCACUAAAUCGUUCUAUUGAAGGAGUCCUGAUCAAAACUGCCCCGGUUGCCUCAUCUUGCUAUCUCGGCAACCCGUUUAAUUCGUCCGAGGAUUGUGCGGACCUGCACAAUAAAUGGUCAUAUGCAGCAUUUCAUGCCGCCUUGCCAGAGAGUAUUGACUUUCCAAUCUGGACGAACAACUCCUGCCUGCCAAAGGGUGUAGCUGGCUACCUAGAGGAAAAAGGCUGCAGCAUCGGUGGCCUGCCACAAUAUGUUGUGAACGCUACGACAGAGAAGCAUAUCGCCACGGCGAUGAAAUGGGCCUCCCAAAGGAACAUCCGGAUCGUCGUGAAAGGAACAGGACAUGAUCUCAAUGGCCGGUCAACCGGGGCAUUCGCAAUUUCUAUCUGGACGCACAAUUUCAAACACAUCAAAAGAAACAGGGCCUGGCUAUUACCGGAUCGUAAUGAAACAGCAGAUGUUUUAGUGUGCGGCAGCGGAAAUAACUGGGGCUCUGUCUACACCGCAGCCCACCGUCUUAACAGAAGUGUCGUCGGUGGUGAAGAUGCUACUGUAGGACUCGGGGGCUUGAUCCAAAACGGCGGCCAUGGAUACUUAUCUAGCCACUACGGACUUGCAUCGGAUCAAGUAUAUCAAGUCACCGUGGUCACUACCGAUGGCCGACUUCUCGUUGCGAACAGUGUGCAGAAUGAAGACCUCUUUUGGGCUGUUCGUGGUGGCGGUGGAGGUCAAUAUGGAGUGGUGACGGAAUUUAUUUUGAGGACACACCCCGUCCCACGAAAUGUUGUUAAAGGGAGCCUUUCCUUCUAUGCAGCUAGCAAGUCUAACAUAAGUGAAAACGCCUCUUGGAACGCCUUAUCUGAUGUUGUUUCUCUCAUUCCGGAACUUAUGGAUGAUGGAUUUCUUGGCAACUUUACCGCAUACACCAAAACAAGUACAAUGGCCCUAGGCCUUCGUGAGGCACCACUUGGCGUCGCAGCAGUGAUCGGGCUCAUUGGUUUCAAUAUAACAACUGAACACAUGGACACCAUUGUUAACAAGCUAGCAAGCCGGGUCAACGACAUUGGCUCCGGUAGCUACCUAAACAUUUCGAUUGAACUAGCGUCUACCCAGAGUUACUGGUCCUUUGUCAACCCAGAUCCUUUGCUUAGCAACACCGCCGGUGCUGUCAGCUUGAUGACCAGUCGCCUAAUGGGCCGGAGGGAGCUAUCAGACAUUGCUCAGAACAAAUUGACUGCAUACUUACAGCAGGCCCUAGCUUCCGAAGACCCGGAAGCCGGAACAAUGUUGUUGUUCGGGUUACAAGGAGGUCGUGGGCCUGCUAGUGUCCCAGAGCACAUGCGCGGUAGCGUUCUUCCUGCUUGGCGCAGCGCAUAUGCUCAUGUUUUCACGUUGGGCGCAUCGAUCAACGCAACAGGGGACGCAAGCGAGUCCUUGAAAGCUGCUGCGGAUUACUAUGAAGCCGUCAAGGAACCUAUCUGGAGAAAAUGGGCACCCAACACCGGGUCCUAUAUGAACGAGGGCAAUCCGUUCAGUGGCACCUGGAAGAAAGAUUUCUAUGGCGAAAACUACGACAAGCUUCUUUCGGUCAAGCGCAAGUAUGAUCCUUCUGAGAGCUUGUUUGUCUGGAGUGGUGUCGGCAGUGACCUCUGGAACAAUGACCUCAGGACUGGUCUGCUAUGCCGAAAGGCAUCAUGA